AUGGAUAAAUCAAGGACUAAUUCGGUCGAACCUAAAUCGCAAUCUUCCGUUCACAACCGUGCAGGGUAUAUUCCAAACAAUGUUUGGCCGGGUCUUUCUCUGGAGAACCAUGUCAUUCUAUCCCGUACGGACGAAUGGCCCACGAUUGAUGAUGUCUGGGACCGAUUACUCACAGAUGGACAAGACCGAUAUUCAUCUCUCCGCCAGCGCAGUCAGGAGCUGGUCCACUCACUUCAGGUCAAAGAGGCGCGUUAUAUUCCAUUCUGCUUAGCUUCAAGGUGUAUGGCAGGGAUAGGUCAGAAACUGUUUCUACUGGACCAGUGGGAUCACAGGCCCGCAAAUAUCCGUUACCCGUUAGUACCUCUCAGCGAAGUACUGAACGCCUCAGCUUUGCCUGAAAAUGCGAGCAUGAGCCCAAAUCGACACUCAGCGUACCAAAGGCUUGGGACAGGCGGCGAGGUCAAAAGAGCGGUGGAGAUAGGCCCUACCCCUAAACGUUAUUCGAGUCACUUCCACGAAUACUUCUUCAACCUUGCUGCAGAACUUUGCCGCACCCGCCGCCGCGUGUCGUCCACAAGCUCUACGUGGUUACUCACAAGUAUUAUGGUCGCCGACUGCUCUUCGGGUAUUGACCUGACAUCUAGGCGAGCGUAUAAGACAAGGCAUCCAUUCAAGGUUGAGAACCUUACACUCUUGUUUACGCGCUCAGAUACAGGUGCUCAUACAUGGCUCCGAGCCGCGACACGAAUGAAGGAGAGUUAA